AUGGACGUCGACCCCGUCACCCGCGCAGCCCCAACCCGCCCCUCACUCUCACCCUCACCCUCCUUUGCUACGCCCCCCUCGCGGGAGCGUACACGGACACGGACGCCGUCGGCGCCGGGUCGCCCGCCGAGCCCCAUGCCCCGCAGGCCGGGGAGUGCUGCGCCCUUCCAUCCAGCAGCGGAUACCGGGACGUAUCGCGACCUCCUGCUGUUCGAGGAGCGGCUUAAGAUGAAUGCGGAGAUGUUGCGGAGACGGCGGAGACGGUAUCGGAUCUUCCUAUGGUCCGUCAUCGCCGUGCUGGUCGUGUGCGCGUACUGCCUCCUGACGCGGCCGCCCGAGAACAUUGUCUCUCUGCGCGCCCUCCAAGCGGCCCUAGCAGUCGUAGGCAUAACCCUAACCCUCUUCUUCGCGAGUGGGAUGCACGACGACAAGAUCCGUUACGCCCACGCCUACAUAACGCACAGCAACAAGGCUCUCCGCCCAUUGAACAUGUACCUGAACGUCCGGCGUCCCCCGACGACAUGGUAUUCCCUCGUAUCACUUCUUCCUCUACCGGCCGCUCUCAAACCCACUCCAGCAGCCCUGCGCGCCGCCCCAAAGAGUCCAGGACCAAAGGGCCGGCGCGUCAGUCACGGACAGCAAGUCAUGGCGCAAAUCCCACCAAGCAGUAACCCACGCGGAGAACUCAUCUUCUCGUCGCGCGUAGGCAGCCACUUUGAAGAGGGAUAUAAGCGGUACAGGUCGGCAUUUGAGCGGCGACGCGAGGAGCGGGCGCGCGAGGAAGCGCGCGCCGCAGGUCCGUUUUGGCGGCUUUGGAGGAAGCCUACGCCAAUUAGUCGGCGGGGUACGCCGGACCAGACUGCGCGCAGUCCCCCCUCUAGUCCACGCAACGCCAGCCGCUCUCCUAGUCCCAAGGAACGCGAGCGCGCCGACUCGUACUCGUUCAUGCACAACAACGUGGCCCCCGGAGAGGCUGUGAGUGCUAGUGCACGCGCCUAG